AUGAAAUACCUUUUUUUUUCUCUUCUUUAUCUUAUAGUUCAUCGUCAAACUGAAGGAGCUCCACCAUCUUAUGGUAUGGUUGCAGCUAAUCUUUAUGAACCACCACCACCAUCAUAUCAAGCAGCACAAAAUACGCCUAAUAAUUUUGCAGAAACAAAUAUGUAUGUUUCACCGGCGCAAGCACCAUAUCAAGGUGUUUAUCAGCGUCAACCAACAGGUUUACCGAAAGCAGAAUUUAUUCCGCAAUAUCCUGAAAUGCCAUCAGCAAAUGUAAAUAAUUCUAAUGGACAUCCUUCGAUGUCAAAUGGAUACCAGCAACCAAUGCAAUAUCCACCUCAACAGGCUUAUCAAAAUAAUAAUUUUGGUGGACAAAUGUAUAUUCCACAAAUGAAUGGACACCAGAUGCCACCAUCAUAUGAGCAAUCUCAAAAUGAAAUUCAACAAAAGAAAUUUGAAUAA